GUAAGAUCCGUACCCAGAUGGCAGAGACUGAGGAGAUCAAGACUCCCCUGCAGCAGAAGCUUGAUGAGUUCGGUGAGCAGCUGUCCAAGGUCAUCUCCAUUAUCUGCGUUGCUGUCUGGGCCAUCAACAUUGGACACUUUAAUGACCCUGCUCAUGGUGCGUCUUGGAUCAAGGGUGCUAUCUACUACUUCAAGAUUGCCGUUGCCCUGGCCGUAGCUGCCAUCCCUGAGGGUCUCCCUGCUGUCAUCACCACUUGCCUUGCCCUUGGUACUCGCCGUAUGGCCAAGAAGAAUGCUAUUGUGAGGUCUUUGCCUUCUGUUGAGACUCUUGGUUGUACCUCUGUUAUCUGCUCAGACAAGACUGGCACACUCACCACCAACCAGAUGUCUGUCUCUCGCAUGUUCAUUAUGGAUAAGGUUGAGGGUAAUGACUGCUCUCUUCUGGAAUUCGAGAUCACUGGCUCCACUUACGAGCCCAUUGGUGACAUUUACCUUGGCGGUGCUAAGGUGAAGGGUGCUGACUUUGGUCUGCAGGAACUCGCCACUGUUUCCUUCAUGUGCAAUGAUUCUUCUAUUGAUUUCAAUGAGUUCAAGAAUAUGUUUGAAAAGGUCGGUGAAGCCACUGAGACUGCCCUGAUUGUGCUGGGUGAGAAGAUCAACCCAUACAGCCAGUCUAAGGUUGGUUUGGAUCGUCGCUCUGCUGCCAUUGUUGCCAAGCAAGACAUGGAGACCAAGUGGAAGAAAGAAUUUACCUUGGAAUUCUCCCGUGACCGCAAAUCCAUGUCCUCCUACUGCGUGCCCCUCAAGCCUACUCGCCUGGGAACUGGACCCAAGAUGUUCUGCAAGGGUGCACCUGAAGGUGUUCUUGAACGUUGCACUCACGUCCGUGUUGACCAGAAGGUUCCCCUCACUGCUGGAGUGAGAGACAAGAUCUUGGCAGUUACCCGUGACUAUGGCUGUGGUCGUGACACUCUCCGUUGCUUGGGUCUUGCCACUAUUGACACCCCAAUGAAGCCUGAGGAUAUGGAUCUCGGUGACUCCACCAAGUUCUACACCUAUGAAGUCAACAUGACUUUCAUUGGUGUUGUUGGUAUGCUUGACCCACCCCGCAAGGAAGUGCGUGAUUCCAUUGAGAAGUGUCGUGAGGCUGGUAUCCGUGUCAUUGUCAUCACUGGAGACAACAAGGCCACUGCUGAGGCUAUCUGCCGCCGUAUUGGUGUGUUUGGUGAAAAGGAAACUGCUGGCAAGUCAUACUCUGGUCGUGUUGAUGAGCUCAGCGUUGCAGAACAGAGACUUGCUUGCAUCAAUUCACGUCUCUUCUCCCGUGUCGAGCCUUUCCACAAAUCCAAGAUUGUUGAAUACCUGCAGGGAGAGGGUGAGAUCUCUGCCAUGACUGGUGAUGGUGUGAAUGAUGCCCCUGCUCUGAAGAAGGCUGAGAUUGGUAUUGCCAUGGGUUCAGGCACUGCUGUAGCCAAGUCUGCUUCUGAGAUGGUGCUUGCUGAUGAUAACUUCUCGUCCAUUGUGGCUGCUGUUGAGGAAGGCCGUGCCAUCUACAACAACAUGAAGCAGUUCAUCCGUUACCUCAUUUCCUCCAACAUUGGUGAAGUGGUGUCCAUCUUCUUGACUGCUGCUCUUGGUCUCCCUGAAGCUCUCAUUCCUGUCCAGCUCUUGUGGGUCAACCUGGUUACUGAUGGUCUGCCCGCCACUGCUCUGGGCUUCAACCCCCCUGACCUUGACAUCAUGGAGAAGCCCCCACGCAAAGCUGACGAGUCUCUUAUCUCUGGCUGGCUCUUCUUCCGUUACAUGGCUAUUGGUGGCUAUGUUGGCUGUGCCACUGUCUUUGCUGCCUCCUGGUGGUUCAUGUAUGACCCCACUGGCCCUCAGCUCAACUACUACCAGCUGUCCCACCAUCUGUCCUGCUUGGGUGAUGACAAGAACUUCGAAGGUCUGGAUUGCAACAUCUUCAGCCACCCAGCCCCCAUGACCAUGGCUCUUUCCGUGCUUGUCAAUGAGAUGCUCAACGCUCUUAACAGCUUGUCAGAGAACCAGUCACUCAUCGUGAUGCCCCCCUGGGUCAACAUCUGGCUGCUGGCGGCUAUGGCCCUCUCCAUGACCCUGCAUUUCAUCAUCUUGUACAUUGAUAUCCUUAGUACUGUGUUCCAGGUGAUGCCCCUCACAACUGCACAGUGGAUGGCUGUAUUGAAGAUAUCCCUCCCUGUGGUGCUGCUGGAUGAGACCCUCAAGUUCGUUGCUCGCAAGUACACUGAUGUACCUGGCAAGAUUGAGCAAAAAUGGUAAAUCAAGAGGUACCAUCUACUCCAGCUUUUCCAAUGUCCUCACAGCCAGUAGCCUUAGCUGUAUUAACCUACAAGCCGUCAGUGCCAUGCCUGUGAUGAGCCCAGCACCACCCCGCCAUGGCCACUGUAUCUAGGGGUGCUAGUCAGCAGCUUAGAGGAACUUUCCAUCUCCAUUGCUGAUGUCCAGAAUUCCUAAGGAACAGUAGCCAUGGGCAUUGGAGGGGCAGAAGCAGACGGUGGUGUGCGAGGUCCUUCACCUCCAACAGAGAUCUCAGCCUCCCCCUGCUGUGCCUUGGCACUCUUUGUCCAUAAGAAUCUGCACAUCAGUAUUACUACACCAUGCAGGGGGGGUUCACCCAUUGGCCCACCACCUUGCCAACAUUCUCCAUCCAAUGGAUGACAUAUAGAGGAUGAAUAUGUACAUUUACUUAUGUUGUAAUUUGAUUUAGAAAAACUAGAAUAUUUUGAUUCCCUUGUUGAAAUAAACUGUUAGCUAACUGCUCUUGGGCAAACAUUGCCAAAAGUCACACUAAGUGUGUUGUGUCCUGUGUCUGUGCUCAUGUCAAACUGCCCAACAGAGAGCAAUGUACGACCAUACAAACAUCCACUUGUUUCUGUGCAAAGAUGUGGUACAGUUUUGUACCUCAUUUUGUACAUGCCACUCAUUUAUUGUUGAUGAUAGAAUAAAUAAUAAAAAAAGACCUCAC